AAAUGAAUGCAGUGUACUUUUUCAUUUAUCUCAUCAUCUCUCCUAAUAUUUCUUCAUUUUCAUCACCCAGAAAUUCAUUAUAACCUCCAUUGUCACCCAAAAUGAAGUUUUUGUAGCAUUCCUUCCUUUUCGAGACUCAUCCCCAAGAUUCAAGCUUUUCUUCCUUAUCUCACAAAUCAAAGGGGAUAUUUUUUUUCUUUUUUAUUGGCUAUUUUUACCUCACGAAAUUCUGCAAAAGGCUUCAGCCUUUCCAACAUUAGGCCUGUCUUGAGUAGUUUCUCUAACUUGAUUUAUCAAAACAAAAAAGGAGGAAAAUGGCUCCAUCUCUGUACUGGUGGGCAAAGGAAGCCCACCGGGGCACACCCGUGGUGGUGAAAAUGGAGAACCCCAACAACUGGUCCAUGGUGGAACUGGAGUCGCCGUCGUACGAGGAUUUCAUGUACCCAAACGACGCCGCCCCAAAGGGCGGCCGGAACAAGAACGCCAAGCAGCUCACAUGGGUCAUCCUCCUCAAGGCCCACCGCGCCGCCGGUUGCCUCGCCUCCAUCGCCGCCGCCUCGCUCUCCCUCGCCGCCGCCGUCCGCCGCCGCGUCGCCUCCGGCCGAACGGACUCCUCCGACUCGCCGGCGGCGGAGAACCCCGCCGUGAAGUCCAGAUUCUAUGCUUGCAUCAAGAUCGCGCUCUGGCUGUCCCUACUCAUGCUGGGUUUCGAAACGACGGCGUAUUUCAGGGGAUGGCGGUUUGGGACCCACGAUUUUCAGCUCGACCGGUUUUAUGCUUUGGCCCAUAGUUUUGCAGUUAAGGACGUGUUUGGCUUGCUGUAUUCCAAGUGGGUUCUGAUCAGGGUCGAGUAUCUUGCUCCUCCGCUUCAGUUGCUAACAAAUGUGUGUGUAUUGCUAUUCCUAAUCCAGAGUCUGGAUAGGCUAAUCCUGUGUUUGGGUUGUUUAUGGAUUAAAGUCCGGAAUAUCAAGCCCGUUGCCAAGCAGGGCCUUACAGAUCUCGAGUCUGGAGAUGGAGAUGGCUAUUUCCCUAUGGUUUUAGUACAGAUUCCCAUGUGCAACGAGAAAGAGGUUUAUCAGCAGUCGAUUGCUGCCGUGUGUAACUUGGAGUGGCCUAAAGGGAGAUUGCUGAUUCAGAUUUUGGAUGAUUCAGAUGAUCCAACGGCUCAGAUGCUAAUUAAGGAUGAAGUGCACAAGUGGAAGGAAAAUGGUGCCAACAUAGUUUACAGGCAUAGAGUGAUUAGAGAGGGUUAUAAAGCCGGCAACCUUAAAUCUGCCAUGAAUUGUAGUUAUGUUAAGGAUUACGAGUUUGUCGCCAUUUUCGACGCUGAUUUCCAGCCCAACCCAGAUUUCCUUCAGAGGACUGUUCCACACUUCAGGGACAAUGAAAAACUAGGACUUGUCCAGGCUAGGUGGUCAUUUGUUAACAAGGAUGAGAAUUUGCUGACUAGGCUGCAACUCAUAAACUUAGCCUUCCAUUUUGAGGUCGAGCAGCAGGUUAACGGCAUUUUCCUCAACUUCUUCGGGUUUAAUGGGACAGCUGGCGUUUGGAGAAUAAAAGCCUUGGAGGAAUCAGGCGGAUGGAUGGAGAGAACAACGGUUGAGGACAUGGACAUUGCUGUACGGGCCCACUUGCACGGCUGGAAAUUCAUCUUCCUCAAUGAUGUCGAGUGCCAAUGUGAGUUGCCAGAAUCAUACGAAGCGUAUAGAAAGCAGCAGCACAGAUGGCAUUCUGGGCCGAUGCAGUUGUUUCGUCUCUGUUUGCCUGCCGUCAUAAAAGCUAAGAUCAGCAUAUGGAAGAAGGCGAACAUGAUAUUCCUCUUCUUCCUUCUCCGCAAGCUCAUUCUCCCGUUCUACUCCUUCACCCUCUUCUGCAUAAUCCUCCCCAUGACAAUGUUCGUCCCUGAGGCCACCUUACCCGCGUGGGUCGUCUGCUACAUACCCGCCGCCAUGUCAUUCCUCAACAUUCUCCCGGCCCCAAAAUCCUUUCCCUUCAUCGUCCCUUAUCUCCUAUUCGAGAACACAAUGUCGGUCACAAAGUUCAAUGCCAUGGUCUCCGGGCUCUUCCAGCUCGGAAGUGCCUAUGAGUGGGUCGUCACUAAGAAAUCGGGACGUUCGUCUGAAAGUGAUCUUGCCUCUUUAGUGGUGGCUGCGGAGGGCCGUGGGGCCCACCACCACCAGAGGGGAAGAUCUGAGCCAGGAAAACUGGACGAGGUUCUUAAUAAUAAUGAGAAGGAGAAGACGAAGACGAAGACGAAGAAGAAGUAUAAUAGGAUUUAUACGAAGGAAUUGGCGUUGGCUUUUCUUCUGCUGACGGCUGCUGUUAGGAGUUUGUUGUCGGCUCAAGGGAUACAUUUCUAUUUUCUGCUGUUUCAGGGAGUGUCGUUUUUGGUCGUUGGGUUCGACUUGAUUGGCGAGCAGGUGGAGUAAGUGGGGCCCAUUGGUGUGNCAUUCUUUUUUUUUUUUCUUGU